CGGCGAAGUUCUUCGGAACUGAAUCUAUCAGAAACGACCAUUCCCUGCAAUACAUGGAAUGUCCCAAAACAAUGACCGGGCUUCGUCCGAAGCAAAGAGUAAGCCUGCAUUUGCAACAACCUGCGUCGAAUGCAGAGCUCGGCAUGUGAAAUGUGAUGGCCUCUUGCCGUCUUGUAGACGUUGCAAGGGUGCUGGUCGAACUUGUCACUAUAUAAAAUCUCGACGAGGCAAGAGAGAUACCGAGCGCCUCAUCAGUCCACCGCAUGAACGAAAGCUAGAUCUUUCGGCAGACUUUGCCCCUCAGACCAAGUUUCCUCGGGGACCUUUGAUGGACGACAAUGUUGGCAAUUUUCAAUGUCUCCUGCCCCAACCAGAGAGUUCUUCUCUCGAGAAACCCUACGAGAUACUUCCUAACCAGGGCCUGCUUUUAGGCUCGCCCUGGUCAGUCGCCGAUCCAGUUCCUUUCCAAUCCGUUGUCCAGUCUCGAGAUAACCCCGCAAGCAGUUGUUCUACUCCGAGCUUUCUUCCUGAAGACUCAGCCUCUAAUGCAUCCCUGUCGUGCAAUGGAGAAGCGGUUCAUUUUGACCCACUUGUUGGCAGCUUCUACUCGCACUUCCAUCGGGCUCAUCCUAUUGUAAUCCCGAUGGGACACUGGCGGAAGCAUGUACAAGGUUUUGAGGCGCAAGCUCUCAUGACCGUAAUUCAUUUCAUUGGCUCAAUGUACGCCGAAGACAUAUCUACGACCAUCUAUCGUGAUGCCGUAUAUCGUACCUUGAGCAUCCAGCCCCUGCAAUUGUCCAAGACAGGCUUUGCAGUACAGGUGAACCUUUUAUUUGCCAUAGGCCUUCAUGCGCACAAUGAGCCCGAGAAAGCAAUAGAAUACCUAAACAGAGCGAUUGAUAUCGCUCUCGAACUGGGCAUGCACCGGUCUUCCUUCUGCUACACUUAUGGAGAGAAUUGUUCUCUUCUGGAAGAAAGCUGGCGACGAACUUGGUGGGAACUCUAUGUGGUUGAGGGAAUGUUUGCCGCAGUCCACCAGAGCGAUAGUUUUCGGCUUUUUAAGAUACCAACCGACGUCCCUAUUCCCUGCGAAGAGGCGGAAUAUUCGAUCUGCGGCCCUAUCCCACGCCCUCGAACCUUUGAAGAAUUUGACGACCGUGCUUUUGAAGAUGAGAGUAUUACAUAUUCUUCAUUUGCGUACCGCAUUGAUGCUGUCCGUAUACUUGGAAAAUUACUCGCCCUUGGUGCCGCUUCUCUCGAUCAACGAGACGCUACCAAAAUCCAAGCCGCGGAUGCCAGACUAACGAAUUGGACGCUUCAUCUGCCACCAGCCAAACGCCAACCGGUGGACCGAAUGGGCAGGGUGGAUGAGAUCAUGUUCCAAGGCCACAUGAUUAUCAAUGCUGCCACGAUUUUCCUUCAUCGUCCUCUGUCCAAUCUCAUCUUCAGCCAUGCCGGGCUCAAAACUACAUGCACACCAAAUAUUGCCGCCGCUAUCCCGUCAACGACCGCGGCCACAGCUUUCAGUCCGCAAAUACAUUCCCUGAAAGCCAUCAACGCAGCCACCACCAUUUCUAGCAUGUUUGCUCUCCCUGGAACAAUUCUGACACUGCAUAGCCCCUUUUGCACAUGUGUUGUGGCAUUGGCGGCAGUGGUCGACCUAUCAGCAUAUUACAGUAAAGUUGAUCCUGCACAAAUCCCUGCGCCUUCUUCGCUGGCCAUUGGCAGCGGUGAGAGAGAUUCCAGAUGGUUGUCAUCUGGCUCAAAUUCCCUAGACGCUUCAUCGCUGGAAAAGGAGCGAAUUCAGCUUGAUAUCGGUGUGCUCAAGGCGGUCAAAAACGUAUGGCCGAUAGCGAGAGCCGUAUUUGAACCUGUAAAGGCAAUAGCCAGGGACCUGGUAGGGUUGAUGCAGCGAGAACAGGAAAGAAGAAAGCGGGGCAGAAGCCAUUUGGAGGAAUUCGCUCACGAUGUUCCCAUCCAAGAUUUCUUGCCUCAAUUGAACUAUCAUACUCCUGCGCAAGAGUAUGACUGGAUGCAGUCUUUUGUGGUUCCUGCUAUGGACGACCACUGGACUUCAGGGUCGCAAGCAGGCUCUGCUGACACCACGGAUGAUAGACAUUCAAAAAGAUCCAAGCCCGGAGAUGAAAUUUACAGCUAGCUAAUGAUGAACGGAGAUACUCUAAACGUUUUUCUUCUGGGGGGUUGGGGUAACAACAUUGAGUUUAACUGGUCUUAUGGAGUCAAUGAUAGAGGAAACAGCUUUGAGAAUCAAUACGAGCAAAUACAAAUGAAUUCAAGAAAGAUAUAAAUUAAACUGGGG